AUGCGCAUCGGACUCAAACAAAGAAACCUCGAUAAAGGCCAUGAUCUUCUUAUGGAAAUCUCGACCCCCGGGUCUCCAAAAUAUGGCAACCACCUCUCAAAAGCCGAAGUUGUCGAAAUGUUCGCCCCAGACCUAGAGAGUGAGCGUACUGUGAUUAAAUGGUUAGAGGAUUCCGGAUUCCAUCCAGAUAGUGUCUCCAUUUCGUCGAACCGACAGUGGGUUCAAUUCGAUGCCCUAGUGUCAGAAGUUCAAACCCUGCUACACACGAGCUAUCAUAUUUAUGAGCAUGAAGGGAGUGGACGACUAAAUGUUGCUUGUGACGAGUACCAUAUUCCACGCCAUAUUCAAGAACACAUCGAUUAUAUCACCCCGGGUAUCAAAUUAUUCCCGCCUUCAGGGCCUCUCUCUCCGGAAAGAGAAAAACUAAGAAAAAGACAAAAACGAGAGCUAAAACGGUCAGAAGAGGGGGCUGCUAAGGGUAAACUAAAGCGUCAGGCAUCACCUCUAGGAUUUGGCUUGGACCCAAUCGUCAACAUUGUUGACGGUCUAAUUUCCGCUACCCUCGAUAGAGUGGGGGCUCUUGUUCCUUGCGAUAGGGCUAACAGCGUAGCGGUAACUCCCAGGUGCAUUCGUGAGUUAUAUAGAAUCGCGGAACUACCAGUAGGCACAAGGGUCAAUUCUAGUAAUAAGCUUGGUAUCUUCCAGGGUCUUGGCCAACUGUACUCGCAGAAUGAUGUUGGAACAUUUAAUAGAUUAUUUACCAGAAUCCCUCGUAGUAAAGGGAACCCAGAACUUCGAAGCAUUGAUGGAGGGAGAGGUUCGACUAGCUCUCUAACAGACGAAGUAGGAGAUGAGUCGAACCUUGACAUACAAGCAUCUCAUCAUAUCAUCUACCCACAAGGCCAAGCAUUGUUCUCUACAGAUGACCCACCGACACAAAACAACUACAACUAUUCCGGGUUUUUGAACAAUUACCUUGACGGUAUCGAUGGGUCAUAUUGUAGUUUUACGGCGUUUGGUAUCACGGGGAACUCGAAUAGCACGGACCCGCCGCUUGACCCACCUUAUCCGAACCCGAAGAACGCAGGUAAACCGGGCGCCUUUCCAGGUCCACUGGACUGUGGAACCCAAAGCCCUACAUACGUUACCUCCAUAUCAUAUGGUGGACCGGAAAAUACCUUGGGCUUACCGGCGAACUAUCAAUUGAGACAAUGCGCAGAGUUUAUGAAACUAGCUCUGCAAGGCUAUACUCACGUUGUUGCUUCUGGAGACUCUGGAGUCGCAGCUGGCGGGGAAGACGGCGACAAUCCAAACGGUUGUCUUCGCCCGGCAGGGCAAACGUCCGGGCCCGGCACAAUCUUCAAUCCCGAUUUUCCAUCAAAUUGCCCAUACAUUUUGUCUGUCGGCAGCACAGAAUAUGUGAACGGUGGUAGAGAGCGAGCAACCCAAGCAUUCGGAUCUGGGGGCGGGUUUUCGAAUGUCCAUGCACGGCCCUCAUAUCAAAGUGCUGCUGUCGCGAGCUACUUUGCGUCACAAACUUUGCCAUUUGGGAGUUACGACCUAACUGACCCGAACCAAAGGAUUGGUAGUGGCGGUGGCCUAUAUAAUCGGGGUGGAAGGGGUUAUCCUGAUGUGGCAGCGCUAGGAUAUAACAUCUUGAUUGUCACGAGGGGUUUCCCUGCUUUGGUCGGUGGAACGUCUGCAUCAGCGCCAAUAUGGGCAGCUAUGCUGACUAGAGUGAACGAAGAACGGCUGAAACGGAACAUGCCCACUAUUGGAUUUGUUCACCCUGCAUUGUAUCAAAAUGCUACUCUGUUCAAUGAUAUUAUUGUGGGUAAUAACUCAGGUGGAUGUAGUAGAACGGGCUUCCCGACUGCCACUGGCUGGGAUCCCGUCACGGGUUUAGGAUCCAUCACAUUACCGAAUCUGUUCAGAAUAUUUGGGGUCGCAUAA